AUGGAGGUUAUAUUUCAGAGGGGAAAAUCAACCGCAUUUCCCAGAGAGCCAGGCAUCUGCAUCUACUCCACAAUUGGGGUGGAAGUAGAAGUUGAAACUGAAACUGAUGUUGGUGAGUUGGGGAACCAGUUUGUAGAAGUGGAUGUUGAUUUAGAUGAUGAUGGUUAUGAUGAGUUCGAGAAGUCAGAUGAAGAAGGGUUGAAGACAGUCUUGGAAGAGGAUGAUAACUUGUUUGAUAAACAUGUAGUUGAUGAAGAAAAUGAUGAAUACAAUGAAGAACCUGGUGAGGUUGACAGUGAAGACUACAAUACCGACGAUCUUGUAAGUCUUGAUGAAGAAUCUGAUGAGGGUGAAGGUGUGAAAAACCGUAGCCGCAGAAGAAAAGCUCCUAGAUUUAAGCAGUUUAGAAGAGAAUCUGAUUUGCUGAAGCCAACAUUUCAUUUGGGAAUGGAAUUUACCAACAUGGAGCAGUGUAGGGAAGCAAUAAGGUAUUAUGCAGUUUCAUGUGCAAGGCCAUUGAAGUGGGUGAGGAAUGAUUCGAAUAGGGUGAGGCUCAAAUGUGAAGGAGAUAAAAAACAAAAUGUUCCAUGUCCUUGGAUGCUAUAUGCUUCUCAUGUGGGGAAAGGUCCAAGUACAAGGAUUAAGACAUAUGUUCCAAGGCAUACAUGUGGAAGGAGGCAAAGAACCAAGUAUGCCACUUCAUCAUGGCUGUCGAAGAGGUUUGAUGAGGAGUUAAGAGAUAAUCCCAAUAUGAAAGUGACAGAUUUCAUGAAGUUAAUAAGGAAACAUUAUGCCAUAGAUGUAACUGAGGCUCAAGUUUAUAAAGCCAAGAGUUUUGCAAAAAAGAGAAUUCAAGGUAGUAUUGAAGAGCAAUAUGGUAAGUUGUGGGAUUAUUGUGAAGAGUUAAAGAGCAAUAACCCUGGAAGUACUGUUAUUGUGAAAACUGAAUUGCAAGGUGAGAAUCCUAUUUUCAAGAGGAUUUAUGUAUGUUUUGGAGCUCUUAAAAAGGGAUUUGUGGAAGGAUAUAGACCAGUGGUGGGUUUUGAUGGGUGCCAUGUUAAGGGUCCUCAUCCAAGACAGAUUCUAAGUGCAGUUGGGAUUGAUGGAAAUAAUGGGAUGUAUCCAAUUGCUUUUGCGGUUGUUGAAGUUGAAAAUACAGAGACUUGGGGUUGGUUCUUUGACAUAUUCUUUCAAGAUGUGGGUAUUGAAAAUGGCAAUGGAUGA